AUGUACUCCCCAGCCCAAAAGCGAGGAAAAAAACUACCACCACCACAAAAAAUAAAAGUUAUUUGUCGAGUAAGACCGUUCUUGGCAGAGGAAUUAUAUGAUGAUACUGUAAUGGUGGAGGGAAAUUGCGUAAAAAUUACCAACAAGCGAAAGACUAAUGAAAACUUUGUCUAUAGUUUUCACUCGUGCUAUGGCAUGGAUGCAGGUCAACCUGAGAUAUUCGAAAAUGAUGUGAAGCCUUUACUGGAGCCUGUACUCAAUGGAAAGAACGCCACCAUCUUUGCAUAUGGGGUGACUGGUUCGGGUAAAACAUAUACAAUACAAGGAACCGAAACGCGUCCAGGAAUAAUACCAAGGACCGUGCAAACCCUUUUUGAAAUAAAAGGGUUAUCUAAAUACUCGUUAGACUUGCGUCUUUCCUACAUUGAAAUAUAUAAAGAAGUGAUCAAUGACCUACUGGUGCCUAGGGAUACGGCGCCGAGCGGAGGACUUACUAUACGACAAGGAUUUGAUAAUCAAAUCUAUCUGCCAAAUCUUACCGAGAAAAAAAUCAACACAUACGAAGAGUUCAAGAAGAUAUUCAGAGGUGCCUGUAGAAAUCGCUCUACUGCUGCUACAAAGUUAAAUAUCAUGUCGAGUCGUUCUCACGCUGAUAUGUGUAUUUAUAUUUCCUGCACAAAUAAUGAAACCAAAAAUACCAUAUUCAGCAAACUACAUUUAAUUGAUUUGGCUGGAUCCGAAGAUAAUAGGCGAACAGAGAAUGGUAAAGAACGUAUCGCGGAAAGUGGCGCAAUAAACAAGAGUUUGUUUGCGUUGAAUCAGGUUGUUGAGGCCUUGAAUCAAGGGUUGUCGAGAAUUCCGUAUCGUGAUUCAAAAUUAACACGAUUGCUGCAGGAUUCUUUAGGCGGCGAAAACAUUAGCAUGAUGAUAAUCAAUAUCUCACCCGGACAGUCAUUUUAUGCUGACACGUACAACACAUUAAACUUUGCGACGCGUACCAAAGAAAUCGAAAAUAAACCACAAUCAAAUCAUUGUGCUUCAAGUACGCGACAACCUCUAAAAGUCAAACUCGUGAACGAGAAUAAUGACUUGCCGGAAGCUAGGCGUCAACGUUUCAAUUUAUCAUCAUCGACAUCUACAAUUUCAUCAACAGCUUCGUAUGAACUGCGACCUCCGCUGCUAUCAAAAACCGAAAUGGAAAAGAUAAUAGAGACAAAGUUGGACGAGAAAUUAAGUGAGAUUGAGGAUAAAAUAAAAACACAAUCAUCACAAAUAUUAAGUCCAAUAUUUCGAAAACAAAAUGCCAAACUAAAAAAACGGAUUGAAUCUCUGGAAUAUAAAAUAGAGUUGCAAAAAGAAUCGCGGUUGGCAAAUGUGCUCACGCCAGAGACAAAAACUAAAACAGCGCGGGCGUUGGUUGCACUCGCUAAAGCGCAUGAACUAAAGAACGAGUUGGGAGAGGCGUUGAGUAAUUACGAGAGUGCAUUCCAAUAUAUUCCUGACAAUCAGAAACUCGGUAACAAAAUUAUUAUGAUAAGAGAUGCAAUACCAACAUCAUCUGAGGAGAUUAACAACUUAAAUGCUGGAUCAAAAAUUUCGGCUAAAGAUCAUCAUUCGAGAUACUUGGCUAAUAUAGCGAACGAUGAAAGAAGGAAAAUAGCCGAGGCAAUGAUUUUGAGUAUUGUUAAUUCUGGUGAUGUAAAGCAAAUCUUAAAACUUAAAGGUGUUGGGAAGAAAAGAGCUGAUGUUAUACAUCAGUUUAUUAAAGAGAAUGGUCAUAUAAGUGAGAUAUAUAAUUUACGAUAUUCGGGCAUGAGUGAUAAGAUCAUUGAUGGAAUUAUUAAUUCGUAUACUCAAUUGUAA